AGUUGUUCCCUAAUGACAGAGGUUUUGUAUUUCAGGGAGAUGUCGACAGACGGAGCGGGCCAGGCCGUCCUAUGUCGUCACAUCCAGAGCUACGUGACGACCUGUCAGCUUGCCGGAGCAGAGAUCAGGACCUGGAGGAGUGACAGCUUCUGUCCUGUGAGCUGUGUGGCAGGAAGUCGCUACGAGCUGUGCUCCUCCUCCUGCUCCUCCACCUGCUCCUCCCUGCAGAGCUCCGCCCCCUGCCCCUCCUGCCAGGAGGGCUGCCAGUGUGCCGACAGCCUGAUGUCUGACGGCGCCCGCUGUGUCCCCGUGGAGAAGUGUGGCUGCGUGGUGGACGGAAAAUAUUACAGGUCAGGGACAUCAGUGUUGCUGGAGGGCUGCUCCGAGCGCUGUGCCUGUGAAGGGGGGAGGUACAGCUGCAAAUCCACCAGCUGCCAGCAGGGGCAGGAGUGUCGCAACAAGGACGGAGCGCUGGGCUGCUUCUCUACAGACCCUUGUGCUGAGGUUAAGUGCAGAGUAAAGGAGCACUGUGCGGUGUCAGAAGGCCAGGGAGUGUGUGUUCCUGAUUCUACAGCCUUGUGCUGGGCUUUCGGCGACCCGCACUACAGCACAUUUGACAAUACGCGGUACUCUUUCCAGGGAACCUGCACCUACGUUCUGGUCAACACCACAGGUCUCGACCCCUCCCUGACAUCGUUCACUGUGAUCAGCAAGAAUGAGCUGCGAGGAAACUCUGAAGGCUCCUUCGUGCGCUCAGCCACUGUGGAGAUGCUGGGCCAUCGGAUCUCCAUCCCCUCCUCUGAGAGAGGGGUCAUACUG